CCUCAAAAUUAAUCAUGUAUCACUUUUUUUUAUCAUUUUAUACUCACAAGCAAAAAUAACUCAUAAUUAAACGUCUUUUAUAUUGAAUCAAUUUGAAGACUUGAUAUAAAGUUGGGCCUAGUUAGACUUAAGAGUUAGAUUUGGUGUUGUAGAAAAAGUAGUAAACGCUGGUUGUUUAUCGUACUGGAUAGUCUAUGCUGUAUACUGUCGCUGAUUUAAUGGUUUAUUACCAUCAAUUGCUGAAAAGUCAACAAAAUUAAAUUCCAUAGGAUUAUAAAGAAGCAGAACAUCACAUGAAAUGGAAGAAGAACAAGAUCCUGCUACAAUGACUACAAGCUUUUCAGACCUAGACCUUCAAUUGUCCCAAGAGACAAUGAAACAAAUGUGGGAAGAACUGGAGAAACUGUCCCCAAAUGGGUCCUUCACAACAGUAGUAGAUCAAACUACCAUGGGACGUGGAGGUCCUGAGGAUGAGGAAUUUGUUGAAUGUGAUAAGUUUGUUAUAGAUCAGCACAUUUAUGCUCAGCAGGUAGAAAAUGUGGUUUCACCAAAUGGCGUUAACCCAUCUACAUCAGUUGGCACUCAUACAGAUUUUCCGAAUGGAAUAAUUCAUAUGGAUUUCCCAGAGAUUUCUCAUUUACAGCCUGUCUUUACUCAGCAGGAACAAUUCCAGCAGACACGUGCCUCUUGUGCUCUGCCUGCUACGGAUAACUGGCCGGGACAGUAUGGUUUUUCUGUGUCUUUUGGCCCCCAGGAAAAACCAACAAAGAGCACGGCCUGGACGUACUCAGAAGUGAAGGACAAACUGUAUGUAAAUAUGGGAACUGCUUGUCCUGUGAGAUUUCAUACUACCCACCCUACACAACGUGGCACUAUUCUUAGAUGUAUGGCUGUAUUCACCAAACCAGAGUAUGUUACUGAAGUAGUUAAACGCUGCUUGAACCAUUCAAGUCCAGGAGACAUGACCAAUGAAAAUCAUCCUGCUCCUGAACAUCUGAUUCGUUGUGAUAGUCCACAGUCCCACUACUUGAUUGACUUUAACACUGGAAGGCAUUCAGUCACAGUACCUUUUGAAAACCCACAAGCUGGAAUGUUUUACACAACUUACCUUUACAAGUUCAUGUGCCUUGGAAGCUGUGUGGGAGGACUAAAUCGACGACCAAUAAAAAUCAUCUUUACUCUUGAGAAUGAACAUGGCUUAUGUGUGGGUCGUCGAUCAUUGGAAGUGAGGAUUUGUGCUUGUCCUGGAAGAGAUCGCAGAAUUGAAGAAAAGCACUUUGAACAGCAACGGGAUCACAGUCACAAGGUGUUGGGGAAGCUGUUAAACGUACAGCUGCAAAGAUACGUCAUGAAUUAAUGACUGUAGCUCCAGCUCCAAAGAAACUCAAGACAAACAGUGAAGAUGAUGAAAUCUUUAAUAUUAAGGUCAGAGGACGAAGGAACUAUGAACUUCUCUGUACAAUGCGAGAUGCACUGGAAAGACAAAGGUAUCUCACUCCUGAGCAAAUGAGAGCAUACCAGCAUGAAAAGGGGUUGUACACGAGCAAACCCAAAAAGAAAAACACUAGGAUUUCUUCUGAAGAAGAAACAGAGUAGACUGUAUCUAAGAAGAAACACUAGAUGGCUCUGAAUGAAAGAAAAUAGACUUGACUGUUUCUCCAUUACAUUCAAUUAUUUUAAUGACUAUAUACUUGAUACGUUAGUCAGAAGUGAUUCAAAGGUCAUGGCAAUAAGCAUUUUGAACUAAUUUAGUUUAAAUAUGCAUUUGAAGCUUUAUGCAGUACAACCUGAAUUUCAUAUCCAAUGCAUGUCUUUGUUUUAUGACUGUGGUUGAUUUGCUAAGAGUCAUGGUCAUAGAUCUGUACAUGUAUUUUCUUUAAUUCAUAUAUUUGUUUUUCUUUGUUUGGUAAUCUUUCUUUAUAAAUAAGGCAAAUAUAUUAACCUAGAAAUGCAGUGUUAUAUUUUAUAUGCUUUUUGUUUUUGUUUACUUGAACUGUAUGUGGUAUAUGUUCCUUUACUUAAUGAUAAUAACAAGUAAUGAAUGGAUAAAUAGUUUGUAAUUCCCCGCUAUUAUUUUACUAGUAAUAUGUAGAUUGAAUGUCUCAUUUCACAGCAGUAACAUAGAACCAACUUUGCAGCAAAAUGUUUUUGUUUUUAACAAUUUGUUUUAGGUUCCAGAAAUAUAUAAAAAGUUAUUGUAAUGGAUAUUAAUAUUGUUGGGCCAGUAACAAAGAGUAUGAAUUUAAUGUAUUAAAAUCUUGCUUUAAUAAAUUCUUUUUUUCUUUCAAACUGUGGAACUGAAAGUACAAGUACUUAAUUGACUAAAACAAAGUGUACUUGUCUUUUCAUCACAUAUUUCUCCAGUAAAAAUACUAAGAAUAGGUGAACUGAUUUCUUAACUUUGCUGAAGGUGACUUAGUUAUUUUCUGUUUGAUCUAAAAAGUAGAUAUUUUUGUGAUAGCUACAUUAUAUUAGCUUGUUUCUAUGACCUGCAUAAAGGUUUUAUACAAUUGACCAUAAGUAGCAGCUGUUAUUUAAAAGAUGAAUCAACUUCCUUAUGAUUGGAAAUUACAUAAGUUUUUUUUCAUUGGGUCUAAAGUAAUGACUGAUAUAAUAAUGAUGUAAUGACUGCUACAUGAUCAUCUUUUUGUUUUAUUCAUUGUGUCCAAAGUAGCAGCUUGUUUAUCAACAGUAUUUAACAAGAUGGAAAAAAUUAGUGCUAUGUUACUGUUUUAAAUGCUU